CUCAAUAGUUUGUUUUUUUUUUUUAAUUUCUUUUCCUUCAAUUUUUGACAGCCACCGUUUCCAGCCUUCCUCCUCCAUGUCACGCCGUCCAGUAUCCCUCUCCAUCAAAUAAAGUAUCAAUUUCUUUCCCUGUCUCAUCAAGUCUCGAUUCUCACCCUUGGUUUUGUUCAUUUGGCUACCUUCUCUCACGUUUCUCUUCGAUUUCUUCCACUCAAUCUCAUAAUUUGUUUUCCUCACACAGUGUCCCUGGAUCGCUGAGGAGGCACAGAAGCAAGACUUCAUCGCACGCCCCCCCCCCCCCCCUCUCUCUCUUUCUCUCUCUCCCUCGCACUUCGCACUUCGCACUCAAUCGAAUCGAAGCACAGAAGCAGGACUCCUUCGAAGCAAGCUCAACUCAGAUAAGGUUCCAUUUUAAACCCAACCAACCGAUUACUCACCCCUAAAUUAUUCGCUGCGAAACAAACGGUGCCUAAGUGGCUUGUGAUAUGAUGCUAAGUACUGCUGGUUAAUUUGAACAACAUACCAAUAGUGUGAGAUAAACUACAGAUGGAUAUAGUUGAAUCCAUACUAGAUAUUCCAGUGCAAGAUCCUCCAGAGGAGGAAUUCUCUUCUGCUGAUUUGACUUGGACCAAGCUUGGAACAGCUGACCGGCAUGAUGAUGUAGCUCUCAUUCCUUAUGAGCGAGUUGAUACUUUCAUUAUUGGAGAAUGCUCUAAUGUAGAGUGCCCAACUCGUUUCCAUAUUGAGAGGGGAAGAAAACGAUCAAGGGGCAGCUUAAAGGAGUACAAGGAUGAUGAAUAUUUGGAAUAUAAACUGUAUUGGUGUUCGUUUGGUCCUGAGAAUUACGGAGAAGGUGGAGGCAUAUUACCUAGUCGAAGAUAUCGACUAAACACCCGAAAUCGUGCUGCUAGGCCUCAGUCCAUGCGGGGCUGUACAUGCCAUUUUGUCGUGAAACGCCUAUAUGCUCGUCCUUCACUUGCCCUUAUCAUAUAUAAUGACAGGCGUCAUGUAAACAAGUCUGGUUUUGUCUGCCAUGGUCCACUUGACAGAGAUGCCAUUGGCCCUGGAGCCAAGAAGAUUCCUUAUAUCUGUAAUGAAAUUCAGCAACAAACAAUGUCUAUGAUCUAUCUUGGAAUUCCUGAGGAGAAUGUGCUGGAGAAACACAUUGAGGGCAUUCAGCGAUAUUGUGGUUCAAAUGCAAAGGUUGAUAGCCUUGCCUCACAAUACGUUCAAAAACUUGGGAUGAUUAUAAGGAGAUCCACCCAUGAGUUGGAUCUAGAUGAUCAAGCUAGCAUCAGGAUGUGGGUUGAACGCAAUAAGAAAUCUAUUUUCUUUUAUCAGGAUACUUCAGAAGCUGAUCCUUUUAUUCUGGGGAUUCAAACAGAGUGGCAGUUGCAACAAAUGAUCCGAUUUGGACAUCGCAGUGUCGUUGCUGCUGAUUCAACAUUUGGCAUUAAAAGACUCAAGUAUCCAUUGUGCACACUUCUUGUGUUUGAUUCAAGACAACAUGCACUCCCUGUUGCAUGGGUCAUCACACGCAGUUCUGCAAAACCAGAUGUUGCCAAGUGGAUGAGGGCUUUACUCAGCCGAGCUUCAAGUGUAGAGCCUGGAUGGAAGAUCAGUGGAUUUUUUAUUGACGAUGCUGCAAUGGAGAUUGAUCCCAUAAGGGACAUAUUUGGUUGCCCCAUAUUGUUUUCUUUGUGGCGUGUUCGUAGAUCAUGGCUGAGGAAUAUUGUUAAAAAAUGUGGUAACAUUGAAGUUCAGCGGGAGAUGUUCAAACGUCUGGGAAAAAUAGUUUAUGGAAUUUGGGGUGGACUUGACACCUGGGCUGCCUUGGAAGAGUUGACUCAUGAUUUUGUUGAUCAAACUGCAUUCAUACAAUAUUUCAAAGCUUCUUGGGUGCCUAAGAUUGAAAUGUGGCUUUCAACGAUGAGAGCUCUGCCUCUUGCAAGCCAGGAGGCAUCUGGUGCCAUAGAAGCCUAUCAUGUAAAGCUGAAAGCCAAAUUAUUUGAUGAUUCUCAUCUUGGUGCACUCCAGAGAGUUGAUUGGUUAGUACACAAACUGACAACCGAGUUGCAUUCAAGCUACUGGCUAGAUCGAUACGCAGAUGAAAGUGAUUCUUUUCUAAAUGUCAAGGAGGAAUAUGUUGCUUCUACAUCAUGGCACAGGGCCCUACAAAUUGCUGACGAUGCUGUUACCGUGGAUGACAAGGAUCAGCUCUUUGCCAAGGUCUCAAGUCAAAAAGACAACAAUCUGACGCAUACAGUGUGGAAUCCUGGGUCAGAAUUUGCUUUCUGUGAUUGUGCAUGGUCAUUGCAGGGUAACCUUUGCAAGCAUGUCAUCAAAGUCAAUAUGAUGUGUGAAAAUCGUCAAGGUUAUCAGUCUUCAAUGUCUUUCCAGUCCUUCAAAGAGAUAUUGACAAGUCUCAGGAAAAAACAGACGGAUGAUUCAGUUUCUCUGGAUUUGUUGAUGGCUUGGACACACCAGAUGCUUGAACAAAUCAAACAACUUGUUGAACUGAAUAGUUCAAGUAAUAUCAGCUCUGUGGUAAAUAAUAUGCCACUAAAAUGGGUUUCUAAGAAAGGAAGAACAUCUUUUGGAAUACCAUCAUCGAUUCCGAUUCUUCCAUCCACUUCCAAGACUAGUACGAAGACUGUUGCCGCACGUCCAAGGAAUCGAAAGCGUAAAAGGUUGUGAACUUAAUUACCUGUCCCCAAGUCUGUGAUGCUUAUUCUGUGUCCGAGGAUUUUGUUCUGAGAGGUGCUUCCCUGUAUUUGUCAAUUGAACAAUUGUUCUAGGUGCUAUUUAUAUAGUCACUGCUAGUUUACUGUAAGUGUUGCUUAAUUACUGGGAUUUUCAACAAAAUGUAGGGCUGUCCUGGGAAACUAAAGAGCCUUAGCCUUAUAGGAAUAAAAAAAAGAACCGCAGGAAUCAAAUUGUAUUGAAUUGAUCUUUUAUUUAGCUAUUUAAUUCUAACUCUAGUUCUUUAUUAA